AUGCCGCGCCGUCUCAUCCUCCUCUCCCUCGCCCUCCUCCUCUCCCUCGCCCUCCUCCUUCGCCCCGCCGCCGCAACGCCGCGAAUCGGAUGCACGCGCCCCGUCAACGCGAGCGAGGCCGCUGAGGCCGCGCGACAGCUGGGCGCCUUCUGCGCUGACAAUGGACCGAUUUCGGCCACAGCCAAGGUAUCGUGGAGGGUAGGGGGGACGCGCGCGUACGCGUGUAACUACGCAGGGAAGAGCGCCAACCCGUGCUCCUUCGGCGAGCUCAUAGCGGCGCAGAAGGCGAUCGACGCGCGGUGCCGCGGCGGUGAGGCUGCUGCUGAGGGCAUAAUUGGCGGCGGGUGGUGGUAUGAGCCGGCGUGGAAGAAGACGUAUGGCUUUGACGGCGCCGCGGCGUCGUGGUGUGGGAAUCUCUGA